AUGGCCGGCGCAAUCGACGGCGCCUCUUCCAUCACCGUCGCCGUUCGCGUCAGGCCCUUUACCAUCCGCGAGGCUGCACAACUGACCCGCGUCGACGAUGGUCCUCUCUUCCUGGGCGACGGCUCUUUGGCUGCUGCGCCUGUCCAACGUCAUGCCGGCAAAGGCAUCAGAUCCGUCAUCAAGGNNAUCUUCGACCCGGAAGACUCAUCUACGCAAGGACGCUUGCGACCGGGCAUGGGAGGAAAGAGAACCAAGGAUCAGCCCUUCACCUUCGAUCGAGUCUUUGACGACAACACAACCCAGGCCGAAGUCUACGAAGCCACCACCAAGAACCUCCUCGACAGCGUCUUUGACGGCUACAAUGCCACCGUUUUCGCCUACGGUGCCACGGGCUGCGAGAUGUUUGAGAGGAUUGGCGAGAUGCAGGAGGAGAAACAAACAGAGGUCACCCUCUCAUAUCUCGAGAUCUACAACGAGACGAUCCGCGACUUGCUCAUUCCCGUCGGCGAGGUCACCAAGCGAGGCCAGGGCCUGAUGCUGCGCGAAGACGCCAACCAGGCUGUUUCGGUCGCAGGCCUCACCUCGCAUCGUCCCCAAAAUGUCUNNGUCAACGAAGUCAUGGACAUGCUCAUUCGAGGAAACGAAAACCGCACCCAGUCACCCACCGAAGCCAACGCAACCUCGUCCAGAUCCCACGCCGUCCUGCAGAUCAACGUCGCCCAGAAGGAUCGUAAUGCCGGCCACUCCGAACCCACCACCUUUGCGACUCUCUCAAUCAUUGAUUUGGCUGGAUCAGAAAGAGCUUCGGCGACAAAGAACCGCGGCGAGCGCUUGCUCGAGGGUGCCAACAUCAACAAGUCCUUGCUCUCUUUGGGCUCAUGUAUCAAUGCUUUGUGCGAUCCAAAGAAGAAGAACCACGUACCCUAUCGCAACAGCAAACUUACCCGUCUCCUCAAAUUCAGUCUGGGUGGAAAUUGCAGAACCGUCAUGAUAGUCUGCGUCAGUCCGAGCUCCGUACAUUUCGACGAAACACAAAACACCCUGCGCUACGCCAACAGAGCCAAGAACAUCCAGACCAAGGCCGUCCGCAACGUCUUUAAUGUUGACCGCCACGUCAAGGACUAUCUGAAGAAGAUUGACGAACAGAUGGCUCUCAUCAAGGAUCUACAAGCCCAGCACAAGGAGUUCGAAUCUCUCGCUUUCACCAAGUUCAAGAAGGUCGAAGACAAGAGGAGUGCUUUACUCAAAGAAGCUCUUGCCAGGAUUCGUGCGGCAUACGACCACUCAGGCGAUGAACGCAAGGAGUACAUCAACAAUAUGAAGCGACUGCGACAAAUCGAGCGCAGAAUUGGCCUCAUCUCUGCCUGGAUCGGUAGUUUCGACCAGAUAAGUGAGAACCGCGAGGAUGAGGAACCACCGCUCAGCUUGACAUCCAUGCGUAAAACAGCUGUGGGAAUUCUCGCCGAGCUCGAGGGAAGCAGACAGCACUAUCACAAGCGCCUUGCAAAAGUAAGUUGGGAGCGUUCUCUAGACACGGCCCUUCAAAAUGGCAUACGUCAAAUGCAAGAAGUCGACGCUUCAACGUCCAUGACAUCUCCCGCAGUUGCAAGCCUGAAGCAAGAGGUCGAGGUGCUGCGGAGCAGAGCAGAGAGAGACGCGCAAUCAGCCGUUCUCGACCAGGAAAAGACCGGCGAUACCGCACUUGUACAAGUCCUGCUCCAAGCACACUUUGAGACUAUCGCAAUUCUCGGUCAGAUCAUGCAGAUGGAUGAGGAAGAAGCUGUCAAGGCAGCCAAGAUGGUCCUCACCAAGCUACUCAACUCAUGCACAGAGGCUACCUCGCAAGUCAUCCGCCCAGACGGCGGUCUUGCCAUCAUCGAAGCAGUACCACCGACUAAGUCAGGGACGCCCAAGAAGAAGAAGGCAAUCAAUCUGGCGGGUCCUUCUCCGAUAAAAUCAAAGAUUCGCCCAAGCAUGAUCGCUCCACAAUUCAGACAGUCCCCUAACAUGGGACCAUCUCCAGCGUCGCCCAAGCGAAGAAGACUGGGAGUCCCUAGAAAGUCUACGGUUGUGGCCUUCAAUGGCGGUACACCCAAGAAGAAGUCGUCAUCACCGGCCAAGAUUGCAAAGCGUGGUGUGAGAUGGCGGGAUGAUACCGAAGAUGGCAAGCUGGAAGAAUUCCAACCAACACCGCCCGGACUGGAUUCUUCGCUUAAUGAGCCAGAUACGUCACAGUUCGCUCCUUCACAAUCUCAAUUAGGAGAUCAUUCUGAUAGCCCAAACUCUAGUCCCAUCCCUCUUCCACCAGUACCGUCAUCUGAGCUACGCUCGAGAAACAGCCGGUUCCAAGCGGGGUUCCUCAAGAAAGGUGAUGGAUCACCUGUGAUGCCAGCACUAUCCAACCUCGCAACGGCAGCGUCCGAGAAUCUAUCACCUUUGCGCGAGAUCGAAGCUAACAGCACGUUCCAACCAAAGAGAUCGCCUAUCCCGAUUCGUCUGCAGAAAGCUGCAGAGUUUGCCAACGAUGAUCACACUGGCAGCAGUGCUUCCGACAACGAAGACCCGACAAGAUCACUUCAAGACUCGGCUCUACAAAUCCAGUCUGCGAUGAGAAGGCGCGUAUCCUCCGGCUCGAAUAGGCAUCGCAGACGCAGUCCCGCCGCCCAGACAAGUGGUUCCCCGAACUCAUCCAAUGAGAACAAUCUUUUUACAGCAAGUCAUGCCCGCCGGAUGGUUAAGAGCGAGAAAGGCGAGGCGACGAAUGUUUUGAGUCCACGUUCAGCACCGGUGGUUAAGAAUGCACCCAGCAUGCCCAGUCUGCGGAACGUUUCUCGGGAAAGCAUCAUUGGGACUGGAAGCAUGCGCGUGGCUCCUAUCCGCACACAGAGCAUGGCUGCGAGGAAGGAUAUUCCCUCUGCCAAAACUGUCUGGAGGUAG